UUCUUCCUUUUUUUGCUAGAUCAAUAAUCUCAUUUCGAAAUUCAUAAAGAAUAAGAGAACCAUUAUUUUGGCGGUGGUACCAUGUAAUGUUGACAUAGCAACAACAGAGGCCCUGAAAAUGGCACAACAAGUGGAUCCUGAAGGCACAAGAACUCUGGCCAUUCUGACAAAGCCAGACCUGAUAGACCCGGGAGCAGAGAAGAAUGUGUUGGAAAUUGUCCACAAUAGAGUCAUCUUUCUCAAUAUGGGUUAUGUCAUUGUGAAAUGUCGUGGUCAGAAGCAAAUUGAUGAAAACAUGUCAAUAUCCCGUGCGAUUGAGGAGGAGUUGGAAUUCUUCCGAAAUCAUGAGCACUUCAGAUCCCUCCUGCGUGAGGAGAAGGCAACCACCAAGUGCCUUGCCAACAAGCUCAGCAAUGCCCUGGUCAAACAGAUCAAAAAAUAUCUGCCCCAGAUGUCAGAGAAGAUAAAGGAGCAGCUGGGGGAGGUAAAGCAUUCGUUGAGUCAAAUAGAGGGCGGGCCUCCAAUGGAACCUGAAGAGAAGAGGAAGUACCUCAUUCAGGUCAUAACAGAGUUCAAUGAGCAGAUUACCCAACUGUCCCAAGGGGAUAUUAUCGUUGAGGAAAACCUGUUUGAGCUCAUGCGAAAGGAAUUUACAGAGUGGAUGGAACGUCUCAAAAAUGCCAAAUCACAUUACCACAAAGUAGUGCAACAAGUGGUGGAUGAAUAYGAUCAGGAGCACAGGGGAAGUGAGCUGCCAGGAUUCAGUAACUACAGGGUAUUUCAACAUGUUGUUCAGAAACUAGUGKCUGAACUUAAGAGACCAGCUAUGAUGACACUACAGACAAUCAGAGAGAUGGUGCAGAAGCAAUUUGAUCAUUUGUCCAAAGAGAGCUUUAAGAAUUAUCCUUAUCUUCAUCAAGUCUCAAAGAAAAAAAUUGAAACAAUCCAGGAACAGCAGUCAAACAUAGUGAAGGAGAGGAUUGUGGAGCAGUUUGAGAUGGAGAUGCAGGUCUACACACAGGAUGAAAUCUUCAACAAACAUAGUCUAGAGGAGGGGGAAAUCACAGAAGUCAAAGAGCAAGACACCAGGAGCAAGUACCCUGGGCUGCUCAAGGCAUACUAUGAGAUUGUGGUGCAAAGACUGGCUGACCAGGUGCCCAUGCUGAUCCGUUACUUCAUCCUGAAGCAGUCAGCCAAGAUUGUGUGCAGUGAAAUGCUGGAUCUGCUACACAGAGAUGACACUGAUAACAUCCUACAGGAGGAUUCAGAGAUCGGACAGUAUCGUGCAAAGUUGCUGGCCCAAGCGGAUCGCCUUAUACUGGCCAAUGACAAAAUCAGCAGCCUCUGAGUUGGUGAAGUCUUGUCAGUUACAAAAUUCAGAGAUGUUGCCAAAAAAUGAAACCGGUUUAUAGAAGUAUAACGAGA